AUGCUGAGAUUUGUAGCCAAGACCUGGCAUAACAAAAUCUGUAUGAGGACUGAGGUUUAUGGCUGUCCACCAGGUAAUGAUUCAAGUAAUAGUUUUCUAUGUUUAUUUGGCGGGCUUUCCGCUAGUGACAAUUUUUGCGGGAAAUGACAUUUUUACCAUCAAAAAUAAGUCUCAAUAAAAUUGUUAAAAAAGGGCGCAAUAAUACCAUCAAAGUUUUUGUAUUUGUGAAAUGGAUAUCCAAUUAGCAUGUCUAGCUGUUUAUGAGUGCAAAAUUUAUAUGUUUAUAUUUUGGCAAAAUUCGUCGUCAGAAGAACAAAGACAGGGCAUAGUUUUAUGUCUCGCGGUUUUGUCUGGGUUCAGGGUAGGGAUUAGGGUCAGCAGUCAUAAACAGCAAGACGUGAAUUUUUAACGGAAAGAACACGUUGAGCAACCACCAGUGAUUUCAAACUCAGCAUGCGCAGACAGACAAAAAUUGUCAAGUACGUCUUCGUACUUCGUUGUCUUGCUCUCUAAUAUCUUACCAGAGCGCUCAUGCAUGGUUUAUUAAAGGCAGACCUUAGGGUCCAUUCCCGAACAAUCAGAAAUGAGCUGCAAGUGGUUCGACUUAACUUGUACACACCAGUACACCACAAGUUUCCAACGUACACUAUUAAACAACCAUUUUAAAUUAUGUUUUAAUUUGUCUAGAUAACCCAAUAUUUGUGGUUUAUACACAAACAGCAAGUGCUGGCAAGAAUGUGACAAUAAAAGGUACAGCCAUGUAAACUCUCGCUUCUUAACUCUCAUCAACUCUUGUCAACCCUCUGUCACUGCUUUGCUGUAAUAAAUAAACUGGUGUUUGUCGCGUUUGUGCACAGACGAAAUGUUAGAUGAAGUAACUUGUCUUUAUAAUUUUUUUCUUUUAAAGCAAUUUGCAUCACAGCUCCUGUAACUAAAACAGUUUUAAACAAAACAGUAUUUGCAUGCUUUUAGUAAAAUUUUAUUCAUUGGGAAUAGUUUGAAGAAUACGUCUGUACACUGUUGAACAAAACUCUCUGGCUUUCUUUGUGCUUGGCGGAACCCCAGCUUCGUUUAGUAAAAAUUUGCUCGUCCGUGACCAGAACAAAACGAGAAGACAUUUUGUUUUUGUUCGGAGAUGAAUCGUGCAAGAAUAUCUGCAGCUGAGGAACCAAUCAAAUUGCGUGGAAAGCUUUCUCCAUGCACCUCCCAAGUAUAUGCCAAACCGUGUUAUUUUUUUCGUAGGAAAAUAUCGUUACUGCGCAGAUUGCGAGUGUCCUGGAUGUUUGAAAAGCUUAUGGAUGCGUGUAUUUGGCCAAGACCUUCUCGUGGCUGCAUAUUUCUCGUAUGACUGUCAGUACCAUGAAUUUGAAGUUACACUUAAGGCGUCCAUUGUUCCUGGACGUCACAAAAUUUACGUAAGUAGAUAGCACAUUAGAGAUAUUAGAGCUGUUACCAUCGAUCCAUAUCCGUAUACCUUCAAAUGCCUUUCUUUCCAAAUCAUUAAACUGCUUCUGUUUUCAAAGCUGAGUGUUGUUGGAAGGGGACAUACAUUGGGAUUUACGGUAUGGGGGUAUUAGCUUAUUUUUCUUACGGUAUUUCGGUAUUUUCCUUGAAAAAUUGCGGUAUUACGAUAUUGGAAAUCUUGCGGUACACGGUAUUUGCAAUUUUGGCCUCAAAAACUGCAGUUUUUGUCGCUUGCGGUAUUACGGCAUUGAAUACCCCCCUCCCCCCAAUGCCCCCCUCUUGUUGUUUAGUGCAUUUUAAAUUUUGAAGUUGCCAAUGAACCGAUCAUUGUUAAAAAUUGUCGAUUGCUCAAAACGUGAGAGAAAAUAUAGAUUGAUUUUACUGAUCAAGAAGACCCUAUACAGUGGAAACUUAUAUUGUUGUUAGUGCGAGGGGAAAAUGCGGUACCACUGCUACAUGAAGUACUAACAACAUAUAUAUAUAUAUAUAUAUAUAUAUAUAUAUAUAUAUAUAUAUAUAUAUAUAUAUAUAUAUAUAUAUAUAUAUAUAUAUAUAUAUAUAUAUAUAUAUAUAUAUAUAUAUAUUGUGUUGUUUUUUUUAGAUGGGCGGCAGUGAAAGUGGUAACUUAAUCACGGAUAAAAAUCUUGUGGACGAACGUUUUGUGGGUACCGUUACUGUCGAACAAGGUAUACCAUGAUAAUUAAACCAUAUUUACUUAAUAUACUUACUAAAGAUAUACCGAGGUCACUUCUCUAAAGUCUGGGUAUCCCAACCAUUUUGAUACCACAAAGUAAGCCAAUACGCGGCAACUAUAUAUAUAGUAAUACUAUAUAUGCAAUCUAUUUUGACUGUUAUUCUCAUACAUAUUCCUCAAUGCAUCCUUUUCUCUUUAGAGUUUAGCAGUUGCCUGGACUUACUUCUCUCCGGCCAGACCAAAAGCGGAGUAUAUAAAAUAGAGCCAGACAGUCAGAAAGCUUUUGAGGUAUGUGAAAUUCAUUGGAUUGUGACAGGAAUUGUGUUACUCAUUGGGUGCCGUUGGCGUUCAAAUGAAGCAUUUGAGAGCCCUGACAGGUUUUAUGAUGAUCGCCCCGCAGGAAACUCCUUAUAUGUAAUGAUUGCGCACUCUAUAGCAUUUCGUGAACCAAAAAACACUUGUAUAUUGUGAAGCUCAGUAAUAGUUAAUGAAGAAGACCCAAAAGAAAUCAGGACCGUGCAGAAGUUUGUAUAUCUGGUACAAACAUCAUACUGAUUUACAUAAACUUUAAGUUCAAUUUUCUCACCAAAUAUCGUUCAUUUAUUUUAAAGUGCCUAUAUCAUGGUUUUGGAGUUUGCAUAUCUCGAAAGUUUAGGGUAUUUUAAGACACUUUGCAAUAUAAUUUGUUAUUGAAAAAUUUCACCAUGAUGGAUUUAUUAGCUCUUAAAGUUACCGGACAUGACGUCAAAAGGAGAAUUGCAAAUCAGUUUUCUUUUGUAUCGUUGCAACAAAAUUCUCCUUUUGACGUCAUGUCCGGUAACUUUAAGAGCUAAUAAUUCCAUCAAAAUGAAAUGUUUCAAUAACAAAAUAUAUUGCAAAUGUCUUAAAAUACCCUAAACUUUCGAGAUAUGCAAACUCCAAAACCAUGAUAUAGGCACUUUAAAUUGUUGAAGAAUAAUGUUCUCAGUAAGACGUUUCACAAUCCAUUUACAUCAUUCGCGUUUGUAUGUCCGAUACAACACGGCCUCUCAUGUUGUGAAUAGUACAUACAAGUGUGUAAUCCCUGACUGUAAUCCACUUCUAUCUGCAGGUUUACUGUGACCAGGAGACAUUUGGUGGAGGAUGGACACUGUUUCAAAGGCGUGUGAGCGGCGAUGAGGAUUUCGAUCGCGUUUGGGCAGAUUACAAAACUGGCUUUGGAGAGCUUAGUUCAAACUUUUGGCUCGGGAAUGACCACAUUCACAGAUUAACCACAAGCGAACGAGAAUUGUUGGUUGAUCUUGACUCCAUUUCUGGCGACCAUGCCUUCAUCUUAUACAAGUCUUUCCAAGUUGAGAAUGAGGACGCUUUUUACAAACUGCAUGUUUCAGAAUACCAGCAGUCUGUGGGCGACUGUUUGAGUUUGUGUAAAGGCAUGAAGUUCUCAACUAACGAUCAAGAUAAUGAUGUGACGGAAGGCUACCAUUGUGGUGAACUACGAAACGCUGGUUGGUGGUAUAAGAAUUGUGUGAAUUGUCAUUUAAAUGGAAUACUUAACUCAAGUGCAGAAACUCAUGACAGACUUCGCAUGGAUGUGUGGCAGAGGAAUAAAUUCCUUGAUAGGUCGGAAAUGAAAUUACGAGACAGAGAAGGUGAGUUAUGAUUUUUUAUAUUACCAGGAUUGAUAUGAUAUGAUAUGGUAUGGUAUGGUAUGGUAUGGUAUGGUUGAAGGGUAUUGUAGAUGGAAAUUAUCGAGUGGAAAUUUAUAUCCGUUUAUUAAACCUAACCAGGAACAGCUGCGAAACAAACCUGCGACCCUGCGAUUCCGAUUGUUUGCGCUCUAACCAACUGAGCUACAGAGGCCAGAGAGACCAUGGCAUGGCGUGGCAGGAGAUUUAUGGAGAUUCAACUACCUGGAGAAUGUAAGCAGAAACUUGCUUAUAUUUUUCAGGCAGUUGAACUUCAAUCAAUCUGUAUGGUAUGGUAUGGUAUGGUAUGGUAUGGUAUGGUAUGGUAUGGUAUGGUAUGGUAUGGUAUGGUAAAUGGUAUGGUAAAUGGUAUGGUAAAUGGUAUGGUAAAUGGUAUGGUAAAUGGUAUGGUAAAUGGUAUGGUAAAUGGUAUGGUAAAUGGUAUGGUAAAUGGUAUGGUAAAUGGUAUGGUAAAUGGUAUGGUAAAUGGUACGGUAAAUGGUAUGGUAAAUGGUAUGGUGUGGUAUGGUAUGGUAUUGUAUGAUAUGGUAUGGUAUGUAUGAUAUGGUAUGCUAUAGUAUGAUAUGUAGCUCAAUAAACAUUCAUCUCGUUUGAAUUUACUUCAAGAAUUAUUAAUGGUUAAUAAUGUUUUAUUUUAGUUGUAACAUGUAACGAGCAGUACUGCUAUUACUUGCUGAAAUCAACCCUCCUUUGGAAUGCAGCUGUGGAGAAAUGUCGUAGUUUUAACGCUGAUCUGCUCUCGGUUCGUGAUGCCACUGAAAAUCAAUGGAUUGUCAACAAUAUUCUCAAAAACCAAAGUAUCAGUCGCGUACAUUUGGGUAAGUCCCAGUGGUGUACAAGGGGGAGGCCGUGGGGCAUGAACCGCCAGAUAAUUUCCAUUGAAAUUGAGGGCUCAGUAGUGAGAAUAAAAGGAAAAUUAGCCAAUACUGACUUGACUUUCAAAAUUGAAUAGACGUAAUAUUUCAAAUCCGAGGACUGGACUAGAUUUCAAGUUUGCGCAAUUUGAUCAAGUCCGAGGCGAAGUCGAGGAAUGGAUCAAAAUGCGAGGACUUGAAAUGUAGUCUAGUCCUAAUUGGAGGAUUUGGAAUGACAUCUCAUACGAAUAAAUCACCAGGCCUUAAAACAUCGGUCGGUCACGGACAUUGUCCGACCCAUUCGUGAAAUUGUCCGACGUAGUGAGGAAGCCACCGGACAUUCUGUCCGACAUAAGUGAAACUGGGGUUUACUGUUUGUCCGACUCGAGUGUAUAGGUGUCCGACCGAACUGUAGCUUUGUCCAACGUAAAUCAAUCUGCAGUAAGGCUCGUAUGGUAAAUGGAAAAUAAAGGACAAUUGAGUAUUGUAUAAAACGUAAACUGCAUGGAAAUGUUGUUUUAACGUAGGCUGAUCGAGCGCGGGGCGGCGACGUGUUAGCGAAAUGGUGAAGUGGAAAACGGGCUUAAGUUGUCGAAGUCUUACUGCUGUUCUUGCAAGCAAGUUAAUUUUGGCUUGGAAAUAAGUAUGAAUGACACAAAUGAUUUAAUAUCUUCACAACAUUUACCGUUUAGAAUUAAUACAUUGUGCUGAUAUUCAUUUGUGUCAUUCAGACUUUAAUUUCCAAGUCAAAACUGAACUGAAGGUCCGGCCCAAACUCAACGUCAUCGGACAUUUUGUCAGACGGCCCUGUAAAAGAUAUUUUAAGGCCUGAAAUCACUAUAUUCAAUUUGAGGUGAAUUAAUUUUGAUCCCGUCCAAGGACUGAAUUAGUUUUGAUCCAGUCCUAGGACUGGAUCAAUACACUUCAUCAGGUAUCCAGUAUUAUCAUGUGAAUAAAAUAAAGUAAUAUGGUUGGAUAAUUUACUCAUGCAUUAUUAAUGAGUUUGAGAUCUAAAUGUAUGCAGGCUUCAGUUGAGGUGGAGAAGGGCAGCAUGCUAAAGUAAGACAGUGCGAAUAUAAAACAGAGUUUGUGAGUUCAUGGCAGCAAGGUAUACUAUCAGUCAUGCUUUCGCUCGCUACUCUGGUUUGAGUGAAAGUAAACUAAGUGAAUAUUGUUUUCUUUAAAGGCAUAUAUAAUAUGACACGCUGGACAGACGGUAGUACCUUUACUUACAAUAAUUUUCCAACUCCUAACUUUGAUGCUGGAUGUCCUUAUUUACGAAUGGAUGGCGUUUGGGAUGCAGGUGAUUGUGGUAGUCUCAAACAUGUCCUUUGUAAGAGAGGUAAGGUCAUAUGGGGCAACGGGAAGCUAUUUAAAAAAACUAAUUUUAAACUAAAACUGUGACUGUCAGAAAAACCUUCUCUGCAAUGUCUACCAUACCACAUGUUCUUCUGAUCUCUUUAUUACUAGCUCUCCUCCCUUACAAAUCCACAUCGUCUGAUUUCUUCAUUCCAUAAUGUCUCUAACUGGCUUUCCUUAAUCUCCUUAUUAUGUGUCCAUACCAUCUCAGCCUUGCUUUCCUCACCUUCUCUGCAAUGUCUACCUCUCCAUAUCUUCUUCUGAUUUCUUCAUUCCAUAUUGUCUCUGACUGGCUUGCUUUCAUCUCCUUUUAUUAUGUAUUCAUACCAUCUCAGGCUUGCUUUCCUCACCUUCUCUGCAAUGUCUACCACCUCACGUCUUCUUUUGAUCUCUUCAUUCCAUAAUGUCUCUGACUGGCUCUCUUUCAUCUCUUCUUAUUAGAUGUCCAUACCAUCUCAGCCUUGCUUCCCUCACCUUCUCUGCAAAGUCUGCCACGCCAUAUCGUCUUCUGAUCUCUUCAUUCCAUAUCUCUUAUUCUCUUUAUCUCCUGCAGCUAAAUUCUGUUAUAAAGAAACCUGCCACGUAUUUACUACAGAAAAAAUGAAUUAUAACGCCGCAGAAGGUUACUGUCGUGAUAUUGGAUAUAAUAUUGUCAAGAUAAACAGCAAGACGAAAAAUGAAUAUGUUGCUAAUGUUAUAAAGUCUUUGACCAUGAAUGAUGAUUGGAUCAGUCCAUAUAUUGGUAUGUCUAGUGCAAUCCCAUUUCCACCCUGUGUACCCCUUAGUAUCCUUAGAUUACAUUUAAUUCAUUUAAUUCAUUCAGUAUCAUGUAAUUACUGUUUUCAUAUAUGUUAUGUUUAACAAAUAUAAAACAUUUUCCUUGUUGAUAUAUAGUUAUAUCACACGAGUGGAAAUUGGGAAAACGAGAAAUUGUGUGGAAACACGACGUCAGUAGGGCGGAGUGUUUUCACACAAUUUCACAGAAUAUAAAGAAAGAAAUUUUCCGUGUUGACAUUGAGUUAUAUCAACACGGUUCGUAGCCAAUCAGCGACGGCGGUCUCGGGUCCACAAAACACACUGUUUCCCUCGGUCUCAGUAAGGGACGGACCAUUAGAAAAGUGAUGGGGGGCAUGUAGGGGGGGGGGUCCAUUUCCAACGUGUACGAUUAUUUUUUCAAAAUUUUUUGUUGUGUCGAUUUUUUUUUGUAUAAUCCCUUGCUUGAAUUUUAUAUUUUUCCAAAAAUUGUUGGCGACUAACAUCAGUUUAGUUAGUGUUUAAAACACAUUUUCCCUCAAAAACUCUUCUUAAAACAUGAUUAAAACGCUUUUUUUGCACCAAUAUCUGCUAUAUUUAGGUUUAGAAAAUCUCACACAAUUACUUUUCCUUUUAUUAUUUUUCUUCUUUUUUUCCAAAUUUGGGGACCACCCUUACACUGUACCUUUGAUAGGCCCUGUCAACUUAUAAUUUUCCCUAUUGAAAAGUCUUUGCGCGAAUAUUUUUUUCAACCUUGUCUGGUGCACGAAUUAUUUUUUUUCUUUUUCCCCUGCUCGAUUAUUUUUGCUUUUGCCCCUCCCCCCCAUCACUUUUCUAAUGGUCCGCUCCUAAAUAAGUGAUCAUUAUAACGUUUCAUGUUAUAUUUAUUAAGAUAACGAUUCUCGUCUGGUUCGUCUCUCGCAAACAUUUAUAAAAAAUUAUUUUAAAAAGAUUAUUCAAGUUUAUAGUCCCGCGCGAAUAUUACAUCACGCAUGAAUAUUACGUCACGCUAAGUCAAAUUUCGUAUCAGCAUAAAAAGCGUGAUGAAUGUCUAUAAUGUGAAAAACAUACAUUGUUAGGGUUCGACACUAGGAUUAACCUUUGAAAGAUUUAAAAAUUUUUGCAAUCAGGUUUACGGCGCAGCGGUGCGGAAUUUGUAUGGUAUGAUCGCACAAGACUUAGUCUAGACAACUGGCAAGCUGGAGAACCAAGUGAAGCAGACAAUGACUGCGUUAAGAUGGACGCAACUGGAUUAUGGAAGGAUGCCUCGUGUUCGCUUGAUAAGGCUGUUGUCUGUGAAAAAGGUUUGUCAACUUAAAUGGACCAUUUGCAUUAUAGACUAAAUUUUGAUCUACAGUAGACCAAAAAUUUCAUCACAGCUUGAAAGAGCAUCACAAAAUUAGUAAUAUUCCAAAGUUUCGUUGCGAAAUGUUGUAAAAUGCGGAUAAUAUAGCCUAGCGAAAUUUGCAAUUUUCAGUCAUUUUGUAUUACAAACGGGAAAUUGUUGCCCCAACACCCGAUUGGGCUGUCAAUUUCCCGUGCGUAAUACAAAAUGACUGAAAAACGGCAAACUUUGCAUGGCUAUAUUAUCCGCAUUUUACAACAUUUCGCACUUUGGAAUAUUACUAAUUUUGUGAUGCUCUUUCAAGCUGUGAUGAAAUUUUUGUCUAGAUCAAAAUUUAGUCUAUGAUGCAAAUGGUCCAUUGUGUAUACAUGAUUAUCCACCAAACCCAGCCUAGUUCAACCAAGUCAAGUGCAAAAAACAUCUUUCAUUUCACCUGAACACCUGUAAAUCUCAAUACACAUCAACUUGCGGUUACAGCUCGACAACUGGCCUCUGUAGUUCAGUAGCCUCAGUUGGUUAGAGCGCUCCACUGGAAUCACAGGUCGACACUGUCUUAGUGAUCCUUUUUUUUCCAAAAUAUUUUUACAAAGUCAUACGCCUGUAUUCUAAAAGCUCACUCAAUGAGUGGAGGUUCAAUUGAUCUUCCCUUGAGAGUCAAUGCUGUCUUUGAAUAGCUGGAAUGUGAGUAGUCACAUAGUAAGGUAUGACACUAACCCUCCAGCUAUUCAAAAACAUCACUGACACUCAAGGGAAGCUCAGAUUGAACCUCCACUCUUUGAGUGUGAGUGAGCUUUUAGAAUACAGGCGUUAAUCUGCCACCAGCUUUGCUACUGGAUCUUACUGGAAACCGGAGAUCAAUUUAAAGGGGCAAUGUCACCGAUUUUUGACCUAAAAUACCGUUUAUUCAAAAACUGAACUACAAAGUUAAAAAUAAACAUUGUAAAUGGAUUAAGUUAUGAUAUAUGAGUCAUAUUAAACAACUUUGAACUUCCACGAAACAUGCAUGUAAUAUGACAUUUUCAUAAAAAUUGACUAAAACUUGAAAAAGUGUCUGCCAACAAUUAAUCAAGAUGUCAUUUACAAUCCAUCUCAAUCCUGACGUAAUCUUGCCCAUCCAGACUUCUGUACAUGUUUUUUGUGUCUGUUAUUGCUUUAUUUUGUGCUUACACUCAUUGUUUUUCAGUUUUGGGCAAAAUUUGCAAGGGUUGGAAUUGCCCAAAAAUCGGUGACAUUGCCCCUUUAACUGCACCCCACACUAUGGUCAGAAAUUAGAUAAAGUUGGAUCUGUCGACAUUAAGAUGACGUUAACACUAUUAAUACAUUUGUUGCUUAGAUUAUAGUCCUGAGAAGAAGCCCGUAGAUUGCUUGGAGCUUCUUAUGUCUGGCUCAGUCCGUAGUGGGGUAUAUACCAUAGAUCCAGACGGCGAGGGUUCAAUAACUGUUUACUGUGACCAGGAAAACUUUGGUGGUGGUUGGACAAUACUAAUGAGACGUUAUAGCUCGCACACAAACUUUCAUAACAACUGGGAAAAAUAUAAACUUGGUUUUGGCGAGAUUAGUAAUGAAUUUUGGUUAGGAAAUGAUUUUAUUCAUAAACUAACGAGAGUUAGUAAAGAGGUACUGUUCUUAUGGUUUGGAGCAUUUUUUUUUAUAUUAUUGUUAAUGGUAAUUUGGGCGAAUUAUUAAAGAAAUAGAUAAAUACUUUACUUUCAACCUGACGAGUUGAACCUCAACAUGUCGUUACAGAACCGUCUCCGACACAGAUUAAUACUAAACUAAACUAUCCUAGCCCUGACCUAACUCAGGGACGCCGGAACUGGGGGGGGGCAGGAGGGGCAGCCGCCCCCGUUGCCCUUUACCAGGAGGGGCAAGGGGGGGGGGGGCAAAGGUGCCCUUUCAAUUUAAAGGAUUGUCUUGGCGAAAUGGCGAAUUGUCAGAAAUGUUAGUGCAAUUCUUUUACGAAUUUGCUUCAGAAAACGCAAGAAAUGCAGUCAUCGAGCUUCAGGAAUAGCACAAUCGCCUGGCGGAGAAUCCCAUCAAACCCCUAUCAUCCAAUAAAUAGAAAAGAUGACUAGGCGAAGUUCAACUCCCGAUGUUUUGCAAACAUCUUUUAGUAUAUAUCAAAUCAAAAGUGCCGUUUCACGAAAAUCUGCCCCCCCUUGCCUUCACAUCGUUCCGGCGUCCAUGACCUAACUUCAACGUAAAUUUAACCUAUUUCGAAGCGCAGAGUUAGGUUAUUUAAAUUAAGGGCAGUUCUGUAUUGAAGUUUAUUCACUUUUUCCUAGGUAUUGUUCGACCUGAAGUCCAACGCCGAUGAUAAAACAUUUGUUCAUUACAAAACAUUCAAAGUUGCCGAUGAAAGCGAUUCCUAUCGACUUACUAUUGGGGAUUACCAAACCUCUCCAGCCGGCGAUGCUAUGGCCGACCAGAACAAUAUGUUAUUUUCAACAAAGUUUCGCGAUAAUGACGAUAAAGUCAAUAUUCAUUGCGCCUACAAAGACAGGGGGGGAUGGUGGUAUAGCUCAUGUGGAUCGGCACGUUUGAAUAGUCAGUAUGGAGAAACGUCUGCCAAUAGGAAACUCCAAUGGAAAACGUGGACUAAUAAUGUGGUUAUUAAUGAAGCAGAGAUAAAAAUACGUAGCAAAUCUGGUAGGUUUCGAGGGAUGUUUUACUGUUUCAUAAUCAUAUAUCACGGUAAACAUUGAUGGGUUCACGUUUUGUUUCUGUUGAGAAAAUGUCAUUGACAACGGAGCAUUAACACUCUCAGAAGUCCAACUUUCAAAGUCAUUUUUGGUACGCGUGACAUAAAAUUGAUGACAUGUGGCAAGAAAAUCUAUUUAUGUUAUCUCUUAUAGUGGUGAGCUGUACUGAUCAUUUCUGCUACUACUUGACCAGUAAGCAAUUGAGUUGGACUGAAGCUAUCAAAGAGUGUCGAAAGUUCAAUGCAGAUCUUGUAUCUAUUCACGGCGAGGUUGACCAGCAAUGGAUUAUCACCAAUAUUCUUACUCCACAAUCUCUUGAUGAAAUUUAUAUUGGUAUGAACAUAGAAUGCUAUCUCGCUUUAAAACCCAUUUUUUAGCAACCAUGUUUCUCGUCGACACUUUCUUCCACGCUUCCACGGAGGAACCUAGGAACAAGUGUGGCAUUCUAGAAAGCCAUGUUUCCCGAUGGUGGGCAAACCAGGAAACAUUGUUUCCUAGCCAUGUUUCCCGAUGGUGGGCAAACCAGGAAACAUUGUUUCUUAGCCAUGUUUCCCGAUGGUGGGCAAACCAGGAAACAUUGUUUUUUAGCCAUGUGUUCAGAUGGUAGGCAAACCAGGCAACUUAGCUUGUUAUUGAGUAUGAUGUUUUUUUGUUUCAUGAACAGGUCUUGGUAUGAAAAGUACGGGAAAUUGGACGGAUGGAAGCCGUGUCAGUUUUAGCAAGAUAGCAUCCGCGAUUUCAAGCGAUAAAUGUGUCAUUUUGAAACAGGAUGGUUCAUGGGAUAUGGUUGAUUGUACACAACCCAAACGUGUCGUGUGUAAAAGAGGUACCAAAUUAUUACACCUAAUUAGGCUCUUUAGUAUGGUAUAGAGCGUUUGCACAUGACGUCACAGCCGCCAUGUUGGUGUUCCAAUUCAAAAGAAUUUUAAUUAGACUCUUUUGUCUGGAACACCAACAUGGCCGCCAUGGCUUUUGUUGAGUUGGUCCCUGGGGAAUGAGUGCAAACUCUCUAUAAUGAGGUUAGAAAUUGGACGAUUAGAUAAUACCACCACCUAAUACAGUACACUGACCGACCGAUUGACAAAAACCUAGCCUUGUCCGUACUACAACGCAAGCAUAAGCGGAAUGAUAAACAAGCGGUACGCUUUAAUAUGAUGCAUGUUCUUAUGGUUGUCUUGUUCUCACUGACACUGUGUCCUCACUACAACGCAAGAUAAAGCGCAAGCAAGUAUGUUUAUGUUUAUGCUUACGUUGCGUCGUGGUGGGGACAGUACAUAAGAAAUCAAUACGUUUGAUCCCUUUUAUACUGGUACAUAUGCUUAUACAGUGAGGAGCAGGCUUUCGUCAAUAAUCCCGAUACAAUUUUCCAUGAUGUACCCAUAAUAUAUUAUUGAGCAACCAAUUCAUGCUCUAAUUAUGCGAAUUCUGCAUUGCAGGUAAAUUUUGUUUCAAAGGUGACUGUUAUGUUGUCAACACAGCAUUGCAUGAUUCUCGCAGUGUGGGUGAAGAUUACUGCCAAAGCAUUGGUUUUAAUCUGGUCAAGAUAUCAAACGAACAGGAAAACAGAUAUGUGGGGGAUGUAAUACGACAGUCGUCGGCGGAUAAUACAUUCUAUACUUGCUUUAUUGGUACGCAUAUUUUAUAUACAUCCUUUUUUCGAUAUUUGUUGGUUUGUAUGUAUGACCUGAAUUAUAAGAACACAUUUCUAAAUCUCUUGGCCCACACAAGCCCACAAAUCGCAUUUAAGAUUCAAGACUUUGUUUUGAAGUGCUUAUUUCUUCCUCUGGACAGAGGUGGAAAUGCUUGUUUUUUUUGUUGUGGAAAUUUGGGUUGAGGCCACAAAAUUGUCUACAAAAGAUUACAGUAGAUAUAGGGGGAAACAAAAAAAUUUGUCCUUUGUGACUGUCCGUUGUAGUGUUGUCAUGUUAAGCAAUGUGUCAUAUAAGACAUACGCCUGUAUUCUAAAAGUUCAUUCACACUGAAAGAGUGGAGGUUCAAUCUGAGCUGUCCUUGAGUAUCAGUGCUGUUUCUGAAAGCUGGAGGGUGAGUAGUCACAUAGUAAGGUACGAGAUUAACCCUCCAGCUAUUCAAAAACAGCACGACGCUCAAGGGAAGCUCAGAUUGAACCUCCACUCUUUGAGUGUGAGUGAGCUUUUAGAAUACAAGCGAUAGACUGACAAGCAUAUAAGAUACUGAAUCCUGCAGUAGUCAUAGCAGUAAUUGGUCUCCAAGACUCUUUUAUAGUUGUUGUGUGUUUGUAUUUAUGUACAAUAGCGUACUUGGUGGAAAAACAAUCAAAUUCAAUUAAAAAAUAUUUCUAGGAUUAUCACUGGUUAAUAAGAGGCACGUGUGGUCAGAUUCCACAAUGUUGCAAUAUAGUUCAUGGGGAGCUGGUGAACCACUUAUGGGAAAUGAAUCUCACGUACUAUUUAGGAGUGAUAACAUGUGGAUAGAUGUCACUGCUCAAACCUUUUAUCCUUUUUGCGAAAAAGGUAAGUUUGUCCAUUUGCAUUGGGACUCUUCGAUCUGGUGUUUUCAUCAGGGACGAUGUCGCGAGGGAAAUCAUGACUUGUGUUUAACGAGGUUGGACACUGAACUCACAAGCUUAGCAGACAUAUUACAAGGUUGUUGCAACCAAAUCUUUUUCCCAGUGGAAAAUGGGAGAACUCGAAAUUGUGUGAAAACACCCUCCGGGCGUCGUGUUUCCACACAAUUUCCCAUUUACCAAAUUUCCACUCGUGUUGACAUAACUGUGUAUCAACACGGAAAAUGUUUUAUAUUUGUUAAAUAUUAACUCAAAUGUCAUUGAUUUAAAGCCGAAUUUCAUAACGUCUUGAAAACCAGAACCAGCCGAGAAUGAGGCUUCGGUGGCAAAGUGGUCAGCGCACUUGCCUUUCACCUCUAAGGUCGCAGGUUCAAGUCUCAGUCCUCAUGUGAAAAGAGUAAAGGUCAACGCUCUGCCGAAAGUCGUGGUUUUCCCCGGGUACUCCGGUUUCCUCCCACAGGGGAAGUUGACAGGGUGGGUUAGGUAAAAAGGGCCCAUAGUAAUUGGCAUAUGCUGUUGUGGUGACUCUACCUCAGUUGGUAAAGCUGAAUAAAUAAAUAAACAAAUAAAUAAAAACGUAUUAGUAAUAAGGUGCAAAACAAACUCCGAAAAACACCGAGGGUGAAAAGCACCUAACAGCCCAGGUAGGAGAUAUUAUAUUUACGGUGAGGGUUGCCCGAUUGCUGGCUUCUCACUUCUGAUAUGUCUUGUUUUUGUCCAUAUUUCGGUUUCUGUUUUGUACUUACGUUUCAUUUAAGCAUCAACUAUUUUUGUCUAGGUCCGAUAGUGAACAGUUGCACUCAAGUGCGCAGGCAUGGCCGCAAAGAAAGUGGUUUCUACUCCGUAAGCGCUGGAGGUAUCAAGCAAUUCAUGGUGUAUUGCGACUUAAGCAGCGACGAUGAUCCUUGGACAGUAAUACAGAGGCGGUUACACGGCAGUGCACUCGCAGAUUAUCACUCGAAAUCAUGGACUGACUAUAAAGAUGGUUUUAAGUCAGAUGAAAUGAAUUUCUGGCUGGGUAACAAGUAUAUUCACGAGCUAACAAAAACGCCACAAAAAUUAAAGAUAGUUAUUACAACUGAGGAAUUCAAUGUUUAUGAAGCUGUUUAUGAAGGUUUAACAGUUGGAGAUGAAGCUUCUGGAUUUGAGAUUAAUUUUGGAUCAUAUUCAGGUUUAUAGCAUAUUCCAUUUUUAUUUCAAUUAAUCCAAAGAUAGCUUGGAUAUAUGCAACCUUUACUAAAUCAAUGAUCUUUUGAUUAGGUACUGCGGGCGACUCCUUCUCCAAACAUCGUGGCAUGCGAUUUUCAGCUGUUGAUCAAAAUAUUACUAAUACUUCAUGUACGACCAAACAUCCUGGAGGCUGGUGGUUUGCUGACUGUCUUGACUCAAACCUCAAUGGGAAAUUUGAGACAGCAAGCAAUCAAAAUGAAACUAUUUUCUGGAGGACUAUUAACGAGAAAAUUGCCAAGACUGAGAUGAAAAUACAACCCUAUGACAACAAGGGUAAGUUUUUGUUAAAACCAUGAUUUUUCUGUGUUGGUGUAAUGUACUCAGGUGAAAAUGAUGCUUGUGAUGUUACUCUGAAUAUAUAUCCACACCGGGCAAGCUUGAAAAAUAUGCCUGACCACGGUGGGAAUCGAACCUACGACCUUUGGAAAAGGUCGAUUCCCACCGUGGUCAGGCAUAUUUUUCAAGCUUGCCCGGUGUGGAUAUAUACUCAGAGUAACAUCACAAGCAUCAUUUUUGUUAAAUGUUUGGAUAACUCUGUCAGUGCUAUCCCUUAGUGCGCUGUGGUCAAUGCUUGACAAAUGGACUCUGUAGCUCAGUUGGUUAGAACGCUGCACCGGAAUCGCAGGGCCACCAAAAGCCUGAUAUUAAUAGUUUUCUCUGAUAUUUCUGACCAUUUCUUCAUACAGUUUCAAAUACGAAGUUCAGUGGCAUCAUCCGUACCGCCAAUGCCUCUCUUGGUGUGUCAUUCACUUCCGACACGACCGAAAUUAAAGUGGAAACAUCCUCAGAAGAAUGGACGACACGUGUUCCCAGUCCAGGGCCGUUUCCUACGCACGUGGCUAUCACGUGGGAUGAGAAUCAGAAGUUGAGAUACUACGAGAACGGUAGUCUUCGGGCGGAAAGUGCUUCUGCGGAGCUAUCAGGGAGCAAUAAUGAGGAAACAUCAAUGUCAGUUUACCGCGAAUAUGUGUGGUUGAAUGAACUGAAAUUAUGGAACUCUGUUCUCCCUGAAUUCAGUGCAAAGAACCAACACGAAACUAGUAAGUACACAUGUCUUUUAGGGGCGGACCAUUGGAAAAAUGUGAAGGGGGGGAGGGGAAAAAGUGUUUUCAACUUGAUACUGAGAUACUUUCUAAAUCUUAGUGGUACAUGCUUCCUUGUAUUCUAUAGGGAACUUUACAUUCGAAGAGGUUGGUUACUUGUGGACAUUCGAGAAUUCGUCUCUACCUUACAGUUGGCAAACAAGCAGUAAUUGUACUCCUAGUGAAUUAACUGGACCUUGUGGAGAUCACACAUACCUGACAAGUUUAGGUAAGACAUGAUAGAGCCAUUAUACAAGCAUUUCAAGUAUGGUAUGUACCGUAUCAAAGAACGGAUAGAGCUGUCCAGUCGAAAGAAGUUAAUUCAAUCCAGUCAGUCCAGUCAAGUUUAGUUCAGUUCAGUUUAGAUACAGAAUAACUCUGCGUGUGGUUUUAUAGAACAAAACUAAAUGGAUCCGAGCAAAAGAAAAUAUCUAUGUUUUCUUUUAAACCAUGCAGGUACGUUUGUUUUUGUCGAGGCAUCCAGACCAGCUGAGCUGAAUGACCGAGCUGUGAUGACUAGUCCCAAUCUCCCUGGCAGUUAUCGAUGUCUAAAGUUCUGGGUUCAUAAGUUAGGAGAGAAAUUUGGUUCAUUGAAUAUUCACUUUAGUACGAAUACGAGUACUAUCAGCACCUUAGAUGUCCCAGCACUGAACGUUGGAGGAAGUCACGGAAAUAGAUGGAAAUAUAUGCAAGUAGAUGUGGAUGUCACAAAUGUGUUUAGGGUGAGAAUUUUCUCAGCGAAUACGACAAACCGUAUAUCGUAAAAAUUUCACAGCUUGUUAACAAGAUAUGUUCGCACUGCUUGUUCCCAGUUGUUGACCAGUCUGGAACAAGUUGGUAUCAUCUUGUAACAAACAAGUCUGGAACAAGUUGGUAUCAUCUUGUAACAAAGUUGAUGAGGCCAACAGACAAGUUGUUCCAAGAAGUCUGACAUCGUCUGCACGUGACAAGUUCAUGGCAACAAGCUCGUAGCAACUUGUUGCGAACAACCUAUACCAGUUUUGUUGGAACAACUUGUGGUAAGUCUGUCACCAAGUCUCGAUAAUAAAACUAUCUAAUCAUUUUUCUUGAUUUUAGAUUGUUAUUGAAGCAAAUAGGGGUGACGGUUCAAAGGCAGAUAUUGCUGUUGAUGACCUGAUGCUGACAACAACAAGUUGUGAAAAAGGUAAAAAUUAAUAUUAUGUAUAUAAUAUUAGGUUAUGCAUGUCUGUUGCGACCAAAUUCAUUCAUGUGUAUAUUUUAAAUGCUUGGUUACCUUUGUUUCAUGCGUGGCAACGGGCAUUAUUGCGAUUUACUUAACAUCUUUCUAUUAUAUAGAAUGUUAUCCACCAUGUAUAAUUGGAGAGAAAUGUGAUCCAUUAUCUCUUGUUUGCGUUUACGAAGGUAAGAAAUUGUUCUAAAUUGAUGUGCUUAUUAAGAAUUUGUAUACUUUUGAAUGUCGUAUUUACUAUCUUUACUUUAUUUCACUACAGGCCACUACGAUCAUCGCUGGAGGUUAGACUCGUUGACCAUCAUCGAUGAAAAAGACUCAAAACUUGGAGUAAUUUCUGGCGAUGUUCAAUUGCAAAGCGAUGGAGUUAUUGAAAAUUGCACAGUACUUCGUGGUAACGGAAGGAUAGAAUUUCGAGAAAUCAAAAGAAGAUUUUACAAAGAAUGGUGCUACCCUUACCACACUCUGUCAUUUUGGCUAAAAUACGAAGAAAUGGAUUCUCAGAAUAUAAUCUCGUUUGGAGAAUUGGUAAAAAUCACACAGACCGCACAAACACCAAAAGAACAUCUCUCAGUAGAAGUGAAAACGGCGCACUGGAAAUGCUCGACGUUCUUUUUCGUACCUUCUGAUGUAUGGUCUCACGUCAUAGUGUCGGUUAAGGCAUGGGAAGGUGUGGUAUUGGUGUAUCUAGAUGGCAGUAUCGUCGCAAAUACAUCACGUUUUCUGUGCACGGAUCAUGCGGUUCAAAAUUACAACGUGAAUUCCUUAACUGCCGGUGACGGUGGCAAUGUUAAUUUCGCAUUGGAUGACGUGAGAUUGCUUUUCGAUGCACCAGAAAUCUCGGAGACUGUUAAUUCUUACAAAAGUAGAACAGGUAUAGGAAUACGAGAAAUAAAAUUGGAAAAUAUUGGAGUGUUAAGAGUGUAUUUUAAAGACGCGAUUGUAGUGGAGUGUAUAAUAUUUCUUUUUUUUUCAAGGGUUUCGGCAAAUUAUUUUCAUUCAAGCUGAAGUGGCGACAGAGACCUGGAGUGAUGAAUUACUGGACGAUGAAAGCGAAAACUAUAAACAGCUGUCAGAAAUGAUCAAAACUAAAGUACGUGAUUUGUCUGAACUACAUGAAAAAACUCGUCAGUUCAUUUUAAUCAGCAUCUCCUGACGAGUCUUAUUUUUUUAUUUUUAUAUUUCUUUAUUUUUUGUAAAAUAAUUAAUUCUAUAUAGUCCCUCAUGGAAAUCAGCCUCCUAACUGUUGUAGCGUGAUUAAAUAAAGUUUGUAUAGGAUGUAUGUGUAUAAAGCCUUCGCUUGGAACGUCGACGUGUUUUUAGGCCCAAACCUCAGCGGCUUAGUGUGUUUGCACACACCGUUUUGGCGCAUUACCUUUGCGCUAAAAACAUGACCUUAUUUCGUUUUCAGAUUAUGGAGACAUUUCAAAACAGAUCGAAGAUAAAAGAUGUCGUCGUGGAUAGAUUCACGUAAGUGGAAACAAAUUGUUUCUUCAGAGUUGGAGGUUUCGUCCCUUUUACCUUUGUGACCAGGAAUUCGAUUCAUGGAAUUCGAUUGUUCUCUGAUAAAUGAUUACAAUUUCGCGUCAACAUCAUACGAGGAGGUUGCUCCCACUUGUUACUCUCGGUUUCAUCCUAACUCUCAGGUUUAUUUCUGUAUACAUUAAUUUCCCCCAUACAAAUAUACAAUAUGGAAUGAAAUAUAAUCCAAUGCUAAUAUUAGCGGUUAAUUUUCACAUUUGAUAUCUAGGCAAGGCAGCGUUAUUGCUGAUAUAAAUAUAAUCUACGAUAAAGUGACUUUUCAAGACAUUCUGUUGGUGGAGGAGGCUAUAUAUCUCAAUAAUACGUUCAGUGGAUUGAAUGUCCAAAGUUAUGAAUUCAAUUCGACAUCAGGUAAUCCAUGAGUUUUAUUCUAGAUUGAUGCUGUGCUAUACGAAUCUUAGGUGAUAGAGAUGACCUCUUACUUGCGUGCAAGCGUAAGGUGUCAGUCAGCGUGUCGGCUGACCGGUCCACCAGCUCGUCAUCCUAUCCGUGGAUUUGUUGGCCGGUUGAUAGCAAAGUCAGGCCUUCAGGUUUCGGAAGUUUGUCCAAAACGCAAGGGAUGCAAAUUUGAGCAAGUGUCUAAAUUUUUUAAAAUGCGUUUGUCCAGUUCAAAACGCUCAUUUUGAGGACACGAAAGGUUGUUGACCAUUUCCUAACCAUUCCAAACGGUUUCACGCACUCCAAAACACAAGGGUUACCAGUAACCAGGUUGGUUGCUGGCUUAGACAUUUGGUCAUCAAUCAGUUGCUUGACUGGCCGGUCGGUCUUGAAAGUGUUGACGUCUUGACAAAGAUAAUUGUGACAUUGAAGUUCAUUUAUUAAUUUCCUCUUUUCUCUGCAGUUCCAAAUGUCAGUCCAACUAUCCUCACAUGUAUUUCACCUAAUCUAACAACUAUAUACUUGAACUGGACCGAAGUGACCUCUCUGGAUCUGAAUGGCAUUUUCCAAGGCUACAAAAUCUUAUAUCGUAUAACCGAACGGUCCGCUUACACUGAAUAUACUGGACGAGUAUCGUAUGGUAAUAAAACCGAGAUAUUUUUGUACGACUUGGAGAUGUACACGAAUUAUAGCGUACGCGUUCUUGCUUUUACGCUCAGUGGAGAUGGUUUCAUCAGCGACAGUGUGACAGUGAUGACCCUUGAUGGAGGUAUGGGACAAUUGCAUAAAACUUCAAUAGUAGCCAGGGUUUAACUGCAGUUAUACUUUACUGCCGCCCUGGCCCCUAGUGCUACCCACGAAAUUUGAUUAUAAUUUUCCCAUUCCAUUCUAAUUCCAGUAGUAAUGUAUGACUAAAACCAACAACUUUUCUAUCUUUUUUAUCAUGAAUUUCAUCUAACCAUAUGUAUAUAAUCGAUCUUAUUCCAGUGCCUGAAACCCCGAAUGUCACAAUGACCAAUGUUAGCUCCACAUCUCUAUAUGCUAACUGGACUAUGCUGCCGAAUGCGACCAAGUUUUACAAGCAAUUGCAAGGAUAUCAUAUUUUGUAUUGGAAACAAUCCGAAGAGGAUAACAUUUUUAAUCUCACUCAGUUUAAAAAUGACGUCGUAUUGAAAAACCUGGAAAUUUGGACUUUCUAUUGUUUUAACGUAACGGCAUUCACCUAUGGAAACAUUGGUACUACAAGUGAAACACAGUGUGCUAGGACUUCUGAAGACGGUAGGUUAAAUUAAAGGCACAGUUCAGCCUUUUGAACGAUGGUUUUUAAAAACUAGGAAAAUCAAUUAAGCAUAAUUCAAUUAGAUCACCAAACUUAAUGUUUUUAACAUUUUAAAACAUUUUUAUUGUUAAAAACAUCGAGUUUACUGACUUUGAAUUAUGCUUAAUUGAUUUUCCUAGUUAGUUUUUUGAAUUAAAAGGGCUGAAAUGCGCCUUAAAAACCAUCGUUCAAAAGGCUGAACUAUGCCUUUAAAGCCUGCCUGAAGUUUUAUCACAUCGUUGCAAACGGUGGAACUGCACGCAUGCUAGUUGAAUUAUUAUUUUAUUUUAUAACUUACUAUAUCGAUCUUACCUUUCUUAAUUAUCUUAUUGUACCAUACCAUACCAUACCAUACCAUACCAUACCACACCAUACCACAUAACAUACCAUACUUUAUCAUAUUUAUCAUACUAAUACUUUAUACCAUACCAUACCAUACCAUACCAUACCAAUACCAUACAACAUAACAUAACAUACCACACCUUAUCAUACCAUACCAUAUAUGCCCUACCAUACCAUUCCAUAUACCAUAACUGUUCAUGUAUCUUAAUUUAGCUCCUGAAGAACCGCCUAAUGAUAUCACUGUUCGAAAUAGGAACGUCACAGCAAUCGAGCUUAGCUGGUUACCACCGAAUGAGUCAGCUAUCAAUGGAAUACUUCGUUAUUAUAAUUUGAGCUAUCGUAUUUUGAAUGACAGCAGCUCAGACAUUACGUCACUUACGUUGGAGAGUAGUAAAUUGACGCAUGCAAUAACUGGUCUUUCUGGUUUGACAUUGGUGCAAAUCAACAUUUCAGCUGUUACAGUUGCAUCUGGUCCAGCUCACACGAUCAUGGCUUUAACUGACGAAGGGGGUAAAUAAAUCUUACAGUAUUGUAGUUUAGUUCUGUUUGGCUGAGAAAUUUGCAAAAGUGUGUCUUGGUUUUUUAAACUUUCUGUAAAGAAAUCGAUCAUGCAUAAAAUAAUUUAUGCGUUUACAGCAAUAAAGUGUGCAUGAACAGUGGUUAAUACGACAAAAAGUCCAAGUUUUGGUUGUCGCAUUCGAUUUAGUGUCUAGAUCAAACUGUCCUUUACUUUGAUAAUUCAUAACCACCUUUCAAAUUUGCACCCUAUGAAUUCAAAUUGUGUUUUAGGCCUUCCAUUUUUGUGCGUAGCCAUUUUGUGAGUGGUUUUUAAAAACAACCCUUCGCACUCAAAAAUUUACUUUUCAAAAUAGUUUUAGUGGUGAAGAUACUAGCCCAAGAUAUCCAUGCUUGCAUAAAGUUUUCACAAAUUUUGCGAGAUUUGCAGUUUCGCGAACAUUUUCUGUGCAGUUCUUUUUAUACAUCCUGUAUACGUACAGCAUCUAACGUUUUUUUUCUGUCAUAUUUUUAGUUCCAUUGAUUGCUCCUAAUCUUACAUCAACCAACGUCAGUUCAUCUUCAUACAAAGUAAACUGGACUCGUAUUCCCAAAAUCUUUCACAACGGAAUAUUGUUAGGAUUUCAUCUCUACUUUUGGAAACAAAUAGAUGGCGAUGAAUCUGCACGAAAUAUAACAUACACACAAGAUGUUCGUCUCGAACAGUUUCUGGGUGUUUCCAAAUGGACAAUAUUUUGUGCUCAAGUUGCUGGCUUUACAGCAGUCGGUGACGGACCACGCUCUACGGUCGAAUGUACACGGACAUUUGAAGAUGGUAUGGCUUAUUAUUUGCUGUUUCGUAAUUCAAUAUCAUACAGUACAGUACAGUACCAAUACCAGUACGAGUACGAGUACCAGUACCAGUACCAGUACCAGUACCAGUACCAGUACCAGUACCAGUACCAGUACAGUACAGUACAGUACAGUACAGUACAGUACAGUACAGUCCUGUCCUUAAAUAAAGAGCUAAAGAGCUCUAACCACUGUGUUGACCACAUUACACUUUAAUACGAUUGUAAGUUUUGGGGGUGCUGAGAACGAACUUCAAAUUCAUAUCGAUAUUUUUUCUUAUUUAGCUCCUGAGGCACCGCCAAGCGACCUCAAAGCCACUGAUGUGACCAGUUCGACGAUAGAUCUAGGAUGGUCCCCACCCCCAUCAAACCUGGUACCAGGCAUAAUACGACAAUACAAUCUGACUUACCGCAAUCUCAAUUAUACGGAUGAACGUUUCACUGAAGAGCAUUUCGAGCCGUCGGUGACGUCAUUCACAAUGGAGAAUCUAAUUGGCUUAACGUUGUACGAGGUUAAUGUCACUGCGACCACUGUACUACCAGGACCGUGGGCGACUUUGUAUGUUCUCACUUUGGAGAGAGGUUAGUACAUCAGUUUCUUGUUCACGCCCAAUGCGAGAGCAUCCAUCCUAAACGUGGAUCAGAUUUGACUUUCACUACUGCUACCGUUAAGGGAGACUACUAACCAAUCAAAUGCGUUUAAUAUGUUUGAUUAACCAAUCAGAUGCGUUUAAUAUAUUUGAUUAACCAAUCAGGGAUCAAAAUUAAUUCACCUCACUUUAAGUGGUGAUUUAAUCGUAUGAGAUGUCAUUUCAAAUCCGACAAUUCGGACUUUACCAGAAUCUACUCCAUAGAAAUAAUAGACAGCUGGUCUAAUAUUUCUAUAAUCCACUUCUUGCAACUAUUGGAUAUCAGGGAAAGUCCUCGAUUGGAUAUCAGGGGAAGUCCUCACAGUCGGAUUUGAUUUAUGACGUAAUAUAUGUAUUGUAGUUCCAGCAAUUGUUCCAACAAAUGCAACGUGGUUGAACACGAGUUCAACAUCACUUCAAGUGGACUGGUCAAGGAUCCCGAAGUCUUUGGUCAACGGCAUUCUUCUUGGAUAUCGUAUCUUCAUUUGGAAGGAAUCUGAAGGACCAGCGUCCUCAUGGAAUGUCACCGUUCCAUCUGCAAACAAUACUUUAGAGAUUGCUGAUUUGGAGAAAUAUACAAGAUAUUGUGGACAAAUGGAGGCAUUUACGAGGGUCGGUGUGGGGCCACGAUCGCUUGUCGAGUGUAUGCGAACAUCUGAAGACGGUAAGUUAUACGAUGGAGGGUAUUUACAUUAGAAUGCUAAGCUAGAAUCCUUUCAUGACCCAAGGCUGACAUUUGACAUUUUUUACAAUAUUUUUGUUUCAGCUGUCGAGAUCGCCCCAGGGGUCUCAAACGUAUCAAACAUAACAUGGAAUGAAUGUCAUUUAUCCUGGGAGCCAGUCGUCAACUCAUCUUUCAUUCCGGGUAUACUGAGGGCGUACCGUGUCACUUACAGAAUCAUCGACCCUCGAUUUGACCAAAGCAAUACGACAUUCUUAGUCGACAGCCAGUUCAAUUCAACUGUUGUAACAGGCCUUAUAGGAUUCGUCGAUUAUCAAAUUAUGGUAAAUGGUUAUACAAUCAAAGAUGGCCCUGUCAGUAUUUCAUACUUUAAAACCAAGGAAGGAGGUAUGUGGAUCUGUUAGACAGCAUGAUAUACAUGCCUUGUAGUAAAAUACUGAACAUAUCCCAUUUUUACUUCUAGUGCCCACCUCGCCUCCAACUAGAUUCCUUAGUACGGAUGUAACAAUAACGACCAUCACGAUUGGUUGGGAGGAAAUUCCCUUACCUGAGCGACACGGCAUUAUUACAGGCUAUGAAUUGACUUACAAAAAGACAACUGCAAGAUCGAAACGAGAUGUAGAAAAGACUCUCACGUUUGAUGCAGACACACACACUGCAUUCUUGUUUAAACUUGUUGCGUACACUAACUAUACAAUAACAUUGAGAGGUCGUACUUCGAUAGGAUAUGGCGUUAAAGGAGAGAUUAUAAUCGAGACAUUACAAGGAGGUGAGGAAUUCUCUGGUAUCGGACUGUUAACAUGGGCGUACCGGAAGGAAAAAAUUAGGGGGGCGGAAAGAAAAUCGCCCGACUUUUCGUGAUUGUGCUCGACUAGUACCAAAAAAAUUUUUCCGGAAAAAUUAUUUUGGCGACGCCUAUGGGACUGUAUGUCUCACUCGGUGGGAUAGGUAGAAUCAGGUUAUGGUUGAGGUCAGGGUUAGGACUAAGGAGUGGGUUAGAAUAGGGAUUACUAAGGGUUUGAAUUGGGACUAGGAUUGUGUUUAAAUUAAGUUUGUUAAUAUAUAAACUGAUCAUGAAAUUUUGAGGUUGUAGUCGCAUAAUAAAGAUAAUUUGUACAUCUUAAACAGCCAUUUGUCUGUUUUUAGCACCCAGUAUAGCACCGAAAGGAUUUGCCGGUGUCAAUUUUACUGGACCGACAAGUAUCUUUCUAUCCUGGGGUAGUUUGUCUCAAGAAAAACUCCAGGGCAAAUUGAGCGCUUAUGAAGUGAGAUACCAAGCUUUCUCAGUCGCUGAUGAAGAACUAUUAGAGCCACCUCCUGAACAAGUCGAAAUCGUGCAUGGAAACAGCGUUACAUUUACUGGCUUGUCAACCUACACCACAUAUAAAGUUUCAGUUGCAGCUAUCUCUGGUGGGGGCAAAGGGGUAACCUCUCGUCUGUUAUACGUUGGUAAGUAUUACAAAAAGGUGGGUUUUGAGGUGUUAUCGAGCGGUAUUCAGACUCUUGGCUCCAAAAUGGUUGAUACUAAAUAAUUAGCCCUGCGGAUUGAUAAAAAUCCCGCUAGUAACUUCCCUUCACUAGAAACGUUGAAGUUCUUCUUGUAUUUUUCAGAUAGUUGUAUCCCUAUCAAUCCGAAACUUUCUUAUAAUUGCCACUACCUACACUGGCACAGACCAUUCAAUUGUAUAACCCACAUUAUUAUAUGGCUUUUCAAAAUUCUCUAUUCUGAUUGGUUGACAAGCGGUCCGUAAAAAGCCAUAUGGUCCGUAUUUUCCGUAUCUGGACCGGUGUCCCGGAUGUCGUUUAUCUGGCAGGAAAUUUUUGCUUUGCAAACAGAAAAAAUUUUUGCUUUUUAAAUUUCCAAUUGUGUGUCAUUAAAUUUACAGAUAAAAAUUUCAGACAACCAAAUUGUUUUUGAUUGAGCAUGCAUGCCUACCGUAUAUUGUUACCCAGUGAAACUGACGAUAGCCGAUUUAAUUCGCGCAAAAAGCAUAUGCUCACAGAUUCAGUUCAGCCAAAUAAUAAACCGAUUAUUGACCCCGCUUGUUCGGUCUGUACUGUGAAAUAUCAGACCUCUGUUUUUUUGCAUGGACCUCGCUCCUUCGUCGCUCGUUCCAUACUAAAAAACCUCGGUCUGAUAUUUCACAGUACAGACCUCACGCUGGGUCAAUAAGCCGUUAAGAAUAUGAAUAAAAAAAGGUCAUAAGAAUAAAAAAAAAAAGCUCUUUCGUUUAAAAGCUUAAAAGCUCUUUCGUUUCCUUCAGCCACAUGCCGUUGCCACAAGACUUUAAACACGAACUUCUGGAAUUAUCAACCAUACGUGAACAUAUCUGGUCGUAAUACGGACCGUGGAUUCUUCCCUUAUCUUUUGGAUAUGGUCACCUUAUACUGUUGUCAAACCUGCUUGGAACACGGCACCACUGACAUUGACUACUUUCAUGAUGGCGAGGGAAGACCUGCUGAAAAAGUGUCGGACAUUGAUGUGAAAACAAAUCUCACUCUAAAUAUAGAUUACAGUUUUCCUGUGUAUGGAUUUUUCGGACAGACAGCUUACUCGAAGUAUUAUGGAUAUGCAUCCGUGGUCGAAGUUGUGGGCACAGUGUUUUUUACUCGAAAACCUGGCAGUUCGCCGGGUGAAGGAAAUUUUUUAUUAGCAUCAAUUUUAGCCAUUAUGCCGUUCUUGGCAAUUGCAAUUAUUUUUGCCUAUAUAGCUGGAGUGAUCAUUUGGGUAUUGGUAAGUAAGAAAAUCUGAUCUCAAUACAAGUAGUUGAGAACAGCGUUGUAGAGUAACGAGAAGUCGCUUUCUCUUGGUAUAUUACUUAAAUCUUAAAAUUAAGCAGAUUAACAUUCCAUUUCCACAAGCGUUAACAACCUAGAUUUGCACCCCUACACUUUGUCUGCAACUAUAUUCCGGGUCUAAGAUUAGCCUCUGUUCAUCUAUCGCAAUAUUUCUGUUUACGUUUCAAAGGAACGCAGAUCCAAUCAAGAUGAGUUUCCACCAACCUUCAUCCGUGGAGUACCAAGUGGCUUUUGGUGGGCGUAUAUCACCAUGACUACAGUGGGGUACGUUUAUGACCAUGAUUUUAUAAACUUUAAAAUGUUUUGGACGAUUUGAUAUCUAAAAAUCCUCAUGCGUGACUUCGUUUGUCUAGAUAUGGUGAUAAAACAGCCAGGACAUUACCAGGACGUAUUUUCGCUGUGGUUUGGGUCUUGACUGGUCUAGUUAUCGGUUCUUUACUGAUAGGAAGUAUAGCAUCAGCAUUUACUUCAAUAACAUCUACACCUGAGGAUAGUGUAAAGAUGCUUUAUGGCGCAAAGGUAAUGUCUGUAUACAAAGUAUAAUUAGCCUCUCUUACGCUUGGCAUAUCUGCCAUUUUGGGGUACUGCCUCCCCCAAGUCUGAGAGUAUACGCUUUAUCACUGUAUUUGUGAGUAUAAUGGUAAAUUUACAGUUAAAACUUUGUUUAGAUUGUCUAGAUUCUCUGAUGAGGGAAGACAGUACCCAAAAACUGGCAAAUAUUGGUCUCGCCGUUCUCUGUAUUGAGCGAGUCUCCUUCAUCUCUCAUUACAUGUCCAUACCAUCUCAACCUUGCUUCCCUCACCUUCUCUGCAAUGUCUACCACCCCACAUCUUCUGAUCUCUUCAUUCCACAAUAUCUCUGAUCUUCUCUCCUUCAUCUCUUCUUAUCACGUGUCCAUACCAUCUCAGCCUUGUUUCCCUUGCCUUCUCUGCAAUGUCUACCACCCCACAUCUUCUGAUCUCUUCAUUCCACAAUAUCUCUGUGCUCUGACCAGCUCUCCUUCAUCUCUUCUUAUUACAUGUCCAUACCAUCUCAACCUUGCUUCCCUCACCUUCUCUGCAAUGUCUACGACCCCACAUCUUCUGAUCUCUUCAUUCCACAAUAUCUCUGUGCUCUGACCAGCUCUCCUUCAUCUCUUGUUAUUACAUGUCCAUACCAUCUCAACCUUGCUUCCCUCACCUUCUCUGCAAUGUCUACCAUCCCACAUCUUCUGAUCUCUUCAUUCCACAAUAUCUCUGUGCUCUGACCAGCUCUCCUUCAUCUCUUCUUCGCCUCAUCUAAGUGUCCACACCAAUGGCUACCACCCUACAUUUUCUAAUCUUAUUUUUUCCUCAUUUUGUCCUUCAGCGAAACUUCCGGGACCGUCUCAAUAUUCACAUCUCUGUCCGCCAGGUCUUCUUUUUCCGCAUUCACUAUUCAGCAUAACCCAACCUCAGUACUGUUUUGUAGAUUUUGCAUUUCAUUUUCCGUGGCAAUCUUAUGUGACAGAUGAAUCCUGAGAUUCUUCUCUAUUUCAUCCACGCGUUUAACUCGCGUGGAUGAAAAUUUCACUUUUUAAAAAUUUCCGAGCAUUUUUGAAAUUUUUAAAAUUAAAACUUGCUGUUUAACUUUCGGCAGGUUGCAGCGUUACAUGACUCACCGGAUCACAGACUGGGCGUUCGACGAAGUGCACAAGUGAACAAAUGUAAGUUAGCAAAUGCUAAACUUAACUAAUUUUCUUUAUACUGAAUACUGUAUCAGUUCCCUAACUGUCCCCCCUAGAGGUACAGGUGGACGGUAGAAUCAGAACCUUUCUCAGAUGUGACUGAGGCUAAAUUACAACCAGACAACAGCAUAUUGCAAGAAUCAAACCUCGGUCACAAAAAUGAAAGACACAUACACUGACUACUGUGUCAUCAACACCAAUGCCACUCAAUUGUUUAUCCUUUUCAUGUGUCAUGGGGGAUUAAAACAACAAAGACAAGCAAACAAAGAGUGACAGUAAAACAUGUAAACAUUGCAUGAAAAUUCAUGGUUGAGAUACGAAAACAUUAAAUUGAUACCAUUAAAUUGGUACCCCCCGUUUCUCCUCAGUUUUGAACUGGUCCUGCAGAAAAUCGGUGAUACCCCCAUCCCCCGUGGCUAUGCCUCUGUUAAUCGUCCAUUUAUCUUAAUUGUUUUAUGUUCACUUUAAAUCCAUAUAGUAAAGAAGUAUUGGUCUGUAGAAGACGUACGUCGAGCGCUGCUCAGCAAGAAGGUCGAUGGCAUGCUCAUUGACAGUUAUGUUGCCGACUCAAGACGAAGCCUGUUCAGUGAUCUUUCAAUCAAGCAAGUUAUUGAUCUCAGUUCGAGUUAUGGUGUGGUGAUGGGUAGGGAUGCCUCCAAGAUACGAAAGUGCACGAAUAAAUUUUGGAAAGAAAAUGCUGCGACGAGAAUAAAGUUUAUUAAUAAAAAUCUAAAACCUGUUGUGGUAAGCUCCUACUUGUAUGUAUGUAAACGCUUGUUUUUGCUCCAAAUUCUAAUGCUGUAAACGUUCAAAAAUGGUGCCAGUUUGCUAAAAUUAUAAACUAUCAAGCUUUGUAUUAUAGCUUGCCUAUACCCAGGUGUAAUAUUGAAAGGUAUUUUUGAGUAUUAUAUUACGAAUUUCCCUCUCCCAAUUUCUGACACUCCAAAACGUACACAUGAAUUGUUUCGGUUUUAUGACUGCGUUUAUUUUUUUAUCUCCAGGCAACUGAAGUGUCUCCUGCAGAAGUAUUUGGCGAUUCGUUAAGUCACGAAGCGGAUAUGUACAAGUUAACACUGAACAUAUGUUUGAUUUUACUGUUUGUGGGAACUAUAUGUGGAUGUAUUUAUGAAUUCAGACGACGAAAGAAGCGCGCUACGAAAGUAAAACCUGAAGGUAUGGAGUAAAUCCAUUUACCAAGUCAAAUCCGAGUCAAUUCCGAGCCCGAGUCACGUAAAAAAAAGACGAAAUCGAAUAGGGUUAGGAGUGGGUUUAGGGUGCUAAGUCAUUGAACUACAAAGACCGCUAAACAGUGACUCGGGCAUUUGACUCGGAUUUUACUCGUUUAAUUGACAAACUCUGAAGGUAUGAAUGACCAUUUCAUUUUAUCCACUUUCGACAAUGUCAUUCUAUAAUUUUAUCUGAAUUCAUUUUCGUUUUAAAUGUUCCCUUCCUUUCAUUAUGAUUCUGCUUCAGUCCAUUUGAAGAUUGCUUCCAGACUGGAAGAGAGAUUUUCUCCGGGCGUUCUGAUUUCCCCUAGGGGCUAGAGACUUGGAACGAUACAGUUGCGAUGACAAAAUAGGCUUAGCCUCAAGAAAGGACAGUUUUUAGAACUCAUGGAAUAAAGUUCGAUUAGUUUUAUAUAGGUUUAAUUAUUUUGAGCCUUGGACGUGACUGGUGACAUUUUUUAAAAACUGUAUCCUUGUAUAAUUGAUAUGCAGAGGAAUGAAUAAAGACUGAAGAUUUGAACGUUCUUUUUCAUCUUUUAGAUCCUCCCGAUAUUACAAACGAUCUCAAACAAGAGGUGUAUCAAUUUCUGGAAAAAAUGAACAACCACAUUACGGAAACGAAGGCCAAACACAGACAGCAAAUCAUUACUCUUAGCAAAUGGAAACGGAAGAAUAAGAAACAGUCAGAUAAGUACAUUGAAGAGGGAGAAUAUGUUUCCACUGAAAUGACCCCCAACCCUAGUUAGAUGGAAUUGGAUUUUAAUGUAAAUAUACAUGCUAAGCAUGCGACUGGGAUAAUUUAAUAUAAUGUCGUCUCAAGACGCACAUGGUAAAACGCACAAAUUUUUGAGGCCUGCAAAAGACGUGCUACAAGAUUGCGUCAACAAGCCGAUAUCAAGCUGCUUGUCAAAUUUGUAAGCCUGCAACAGAAUUGUCACAAGGUUCACUUAACACCAGCUCUUUAAUUAAUUAAACAGAAAUUGAAUGCUAGCAAUUUACAUUUAGUGAGUAUUCCCCGAUAAUCACCUCGCCUUCGGCGAGUAAUUGUUUUAGUAUUUUUACACAAGUUUUUUUGUGUUUUUUGGGACUGAAUUUAUUUUAAUUAAUUAAUUUCGCUUAUUUCUUUAUCAGUAACUUCCACAAAACGGCUAGCUGCCAUUUUGUAAAUUUCGGUUUUGUUAUAUUCACCUGUACGUUCACGACCUGCAGCUUAAUACGUAAAAUUUGACCAAUCAACUUGUAGGACUUGUUAUGUUCACUUGUGCAAAAAAUACUAAUACACAAUAAUGUUGAUAAAUGAGAAAAUUAUUAAUAUAACUACAUGCAAAUAUAUAUAAACGUGUUUUUUUAAUUUAAAAAUCUAUUGUGUCUUUAUUUUGAAAUUCCCGGAGGUACACACCAACAAUGAGGAACUAGAUAGCAUGGAGAACAGCGAGAUUUUCAAAACAAUGAAAAGACAAUGAUGGAACAUUCUUAUCACUUAAUCACGAUUGGCACUUUUAUUAUUAUGCAAAUUGUUAUGAAGAUUGAAGUAAAGUUUCAUAUUCAUUUUAUGCAAACGAGUGUAAACCGUACAGUACAUCGUUAUUGGAACCAAGUUCUCUAAUGAAGGCAACCAGGAACUAACAUUUAACUUGUUGUCGUCGAGUAUUUAGUCUAUUUAUGCGACGAAGUCAGCUAUCGAGGGCACGUCUUGGUGUGUUGCUGGCUUUGAACUGGUAGUGUUUGUUCACUUGUUGUGGUACACGGGCUACGUUUCCACUGGGUGAAUAUGUUGCACCACUAAUUGCAGUGAUGUACGAGACUGUAAUUCAUCCCUUCAGACCUGCUGCAGUCUACGGUGAUGGGUCGUAUUCUCCUUACUCAUGGAAGGUAAGUAGUAAUAUUGUAGAAACUGUUUGAGAUGUCUUAAUCUAUGACCGAUAGUCAGCUCUCCUAUGGUUCCGGAAGCGUGAAUACAAUCCAUCCUAAAACGAUCAAAAUAAUUUUAAUGCAUAAAAAUCCCACCAUCCCGGCUGUGAAUUAUUUUUAACAGAGUACCUUGUUCGUAGUUCGCCAUUUUGUAGAAAACACGUGGUUCCUCCCUCAGAAAUAACUUUAAUUUGAAACAAGAGAAGC